AUGACUAUCAUCGGGGUUGCAGGCGGCACAGGUGCCGUGGGCAAGACCAUCGUUGACGUCCUAACGCAAGACUCGAAACAUAAGGUUGUUGUGUUGACGCGGAAGGCACGAGAGCAUGAUUCGAUCUUGAGUCGCGCAACGCAAGUAGAGGUCGAUUAUACCGACAUCAACUCGCUUAUUAAAGCCUUGGAGGCGAAUAACAUCCACACUGUUAUCUCGGCGAUCUCACUGUACUCUGAAGAGGAUAGCACAGCGCAGCUGAAUCUGAUCAAGGCUGCGGAGAAAGCAGGUCCGACGGAGAGGUUUAUCCCAAGCGAAUACUCGUUCAUUCAGACGGAGGAUUUACUCCCCCACGAUCCAAGCAUAAAGCUCUUCCUCGACGCGGCAAACCUACUGAAGUCUACGAACCUGCAGUUCACCCGGGUGAUUCCGGGAUUCUUCAUGGAUUACUGGGCCAUGCCGCAUGUACAAAGUCAUCUCGAACAUCUUACCUUCGGCGUCGAUAUGGCGAGCUGCACGGCUGUUGUCCCUGGUGAUGGGAACGAUAAGAUCGGGAUGACGUAUACGUAUGAUAUGGCGGCUUUUAUCUCGCAGCUGCUGGAGAGAAAGGAUUGGGAAGAAUUUAGCGUUAUUGUUGGGGAUGGGGUUACCUACAACCAGCUCGUUGAGCUGGGUGAGGAGGUUAGAGGGAGAAAGUUCAAGGUUGUUUAUGACAGUCCUGAGAAGGUAAGGGAAGGAAAUGUCACUGUUCCUCCUCAGCCGGAAAGUGUUGGAUAUAGCGGGGCGGAGCUGGUGGAGACGACGGCUUUGGUGGACAGGCUUGUCCUCGCAAAGGUUUUCGAUUUCCCGGCGAAUGUGCGGGCAAAUGCGAGGUUUCCUGAUCUUAAACUGGUCAAGGUCAGAGAGUUGGUGACGAAGGCGUGGGAGGGUAAGCCAUAG